UCUACAACCGCUUUGUGUACGACGACAGAAGCACAACAGCUGACAAGAUGGUGGAGCCACUUCAAACCCUCGACACCAUGCACACCGACAUGGUGCAUGAUGCCCAGUUGGACUUUUACGGCGACCGACUGGCUACGUGCUCCACUGACAAGACCAUCAAGAUCUUCCGAGUCAAGGAAGGGCGGCAUGAGCUUGAACAGACCGUGCAAGGGCACAGUGGACCUGUGUGGCAGGUGGCGUGGGCCAACCCGAAACACGGCAACUACCUCGCGUCAUGCUCAGCAGACAAGACGGUGAUUAUUUGGGAGGAGGUUGAGUCUGGCUGGAUUGCCGCACAUCGUCACACAGACCCAAAGGCCGGAUCAAUGAACACGAUUGCGUGGUCGCCGCAUGAGGAUGCGCUCCAGCUUGCCAUCGGCACCUCCGAGGGCCAGAUCUCGCUGCUGACGCUGACAGACGGGCAGUGGCACUUUUCCGAGGUUGCGCACCACGACGACCCGGCCUUCCUCAACGGCGUCCUCGGCAUCAGCUGGGCCCCGCCCUCCGUCGCCUUUACACAUGCGGACGUGCACGGGGAGUACCGGCUGGUUGCGUGCGGGUGCGACACGGAGGUGAAGAUCUACAAGGGCACGCGGGAGCAGGGACACGAGACCGUCUGGGACGAGGAAGAGCGCCUCCCCGUCGUCCACCAAUCGUGGGUGCGUGAUGUGUCGUGGGCACCACAGAUUGGCCUCGCUGCGGCCACGAUUGCGUCAUGUGGGCAGGACAACGCCGUCUUUGUCUAUUCGAAGGACCACGCGUCUGGCGAAUGGCAUGCGCAGCAGCUCGGCGACACGGCGGAUCUGCCCGUGUGGCGCGUGAGCUGGUCGCUCGCCGGCAACGUCCUCGCCGUGGCGUGCGGCGACAGUACGGGGGUGACCAAGUUGUACAAGCAGAACCUGAACGGGCGGUGGAACUGCAUCAAGACGAUCAAGGAUCCCUCGCCACCGCCAAACUCCACGACACACACGACAGACCAGCCCAACACCAUGCCUGUCUAACAUUGCCCUGCCCUGUUGUUGUUGUUGUUGUUGUUUCCUUUCUGUUGUCCUCCCACAUUGCGUAAAAGCAGCCGCUGUGAG